AUGGCGGCCGCCGCGACCAACACGACGCCCCAUAUCAGCUCCAAGUCGCCCACCAUCCGCCGCAUACUCCGAGAAGCUGCCGAGAUAUCCAACUCGCCCUCUCCAGACUACGCGGCCGAGCCCCUUGAAUCCGAUCUGUUCGAAUGGCACUUUACUCUCCGCGGCCCUCCCAACUCCGUCUACAGCCAAGGCCUUUAUCAUGGCCGCAUCCUGCUUCCGCCAACGUAUCCCCUAAGACCCCCAAGCUUCCGCUUCACCACGCCCAACGGCCGCUUCGAGGCCAAUCGCGAAAUAUGCCUGAGCAUCAGCGGUCACCAUGAAGAGACGUGGCAGCCCGCCUGGGGCAUCCGCACCGCAAUCGUCGCGCUUCGGAGCUUCAUGGAGACCGACGCCCGCGGCCAGCUCGGCGGUGUCGACACAACCGACAUGAUCCGCCGCCGCCUCGCCCAAGAAUCCGGCCCCUUCCGAUGUCAAACAUGCGCUCGCUCCAACGCCCAAAUCAUUGCUGAUGCCGAGGAGCGCGCUCGACAGAGUUCUGCCGCUGCCGAGGAUGUGCAGAUCCCUCAAGAGCUGAGCAUGGGCUGGAGAGACGAGAUGGAGGCGAGCAAAAAGGCCAAGUCGGGACCCGGCGCUCAACCAGAGUCCAGCAACACCGCCCCUUCCCGACUCAGCGACAGCGACGAUGCUUCGCCGCUGCCGGCGCCUCUUCCCCCUUCACAGCCAACCGUGCGGCAUCCUCAGCGCCAGCGACAGGCCGCCCGCCCAGCGCAUCCCAAUAAUGGCGUUCCCCUCUGGAUCGACAGAGCCAUCGUUGCCUUGGCCGUCGUCCUGGCUGCCAUGCUCCUCAGAGUCUUCUUGAGGAUGUGA